GGCUUAUUAAGGUGGAUUGGUGGAGUACUCAAUACAAGAACCCGAUGGAGGUGAAGAGUGGAUGAAGGAAAGCUGAUAGAAAAGUUGAAAGCUUAAAAAGGAAAGAAAGCUGAUGGCCGAAAGAAAGAGCUUUUCCUCAUGUUCUAGUGGUGUCUACCUCUCUCAAUAGUCUAUAUCUCCCUCUUCAUCUCUCUCUCUCUCUCUCUCUCCAUUCCCUACCAUUGGUUAUAUUAUUAGUCUGAGACAAACAACGCUAAUAUCAACAGCUGAAUAAAAGAAGGAAGAAAGAAGAAAGUGUGUGAGGAAUCUCUUUGGUGGGAUAUUUGAGGAGAAAACCACAAACCAAAAGUGAAAUUUUUUUCCCAUGUUAGCCAACAAUUCUUCUCCGAGUCUUCCUUCUUCUGAGGCAUUUACUUGCUUAGAAAAUGGGAAUAACAACAGUAAGAGAAAAAGAAGGCCAGCCGGAACACCAGAUCCUGAUGCAGAGGUGGUUUCUCUAUCGCCAAAGACGUUGUUGGAGUCGGACCGCUAUGUUUGCGAGAUCUGCAAUCAGGGAUUUCAGAGAGACCAGAACCUUCAGAUGCACAGGCGUCGGCACAAGGUGCCAUGGAAGCUACUCAAGAGGGAGACGCCAGAGGUUCGAAAGAGAGUAUUUGUUUGCCCAGAACCCAGCUGCUUGCACCAUGACCCUUGCCACGCACUGGGCGAUCUCGUCGGCAUAAAGAAGCAUUUCAGAAGGAAGCACAGCAAUCACAAGCAAUGGGUUUGCGAGAAGUGCUCCAAAGGAUACGCUGUUCAAUCGGAUUAUAAGGCUCACCUUAAGACCUGUGGUACCAGAGGCCAUUCUUGUGAUUGUGGCCGUGUGUUCUCCAGGGUGGAGAGUUUCAUUGAACACCAAGACGCUUGUAAUGCUGGGCGUCUCAGAACUGAGUUGCAGACACUGCAAUCGGCAGCUUGCCUGUCUCGAACAGCUUCAAGCCCGAGCCCAUCAAGUGACACAAAUUUCAGUACAGCUCCUUGGCCUGGAUUGAGAAUGCAAAAGCCGAAGGGACCCGUCUUCUUAUGUCCAGAACGGAAUAAUCCUUCCACUGUGGAACAACGCCACAAUCUGGAACUGCAGCUGUUACCGUCAUCGAAUUAUUUCACAAAUACCUUCGAUACCUCGGUUUCCCCAAAUACAGACGAAAACCAUGCUACCCAGCUGCAGCUCUCAAUUGGGUCAUGUGACCAUGGCGACAAGAUUGAUUCAAACAAUGCCAGUUUGAGAAAAGAUGCAGAUAGAAACUCUCCCAGAGAGAAGACAACCAUUGAAGAACCGGCUUUGGCAGCUUCUAGACUGAAAGAACAGGCAAGGGAGCAGCUAAGGUUGGCCAUGGCAGAAAAGGCCUUUGCUGAAGAGGCAAGACAGCAAGCAAAACGGCAGAUUGAAUUAGCUGAGCAGGAAUUCGCAAAUGCCAAGAGAAUCAGGCAACAAGCACAAGCUGAACUUGAUAAAGCCCAGAUUCUGAGGGAACAUGCAACGAAGCAAAUUAAUUCUACCAUCCUCCAAAUCACCUGCCAUUCCUGCAAACAGCAGUUCCAAGCUUCACCUUUAACGGCACCUCCCGAUGAGAACUCCCUCGUCAUGAGUUACAUGUCUUCAGCUAUCACAGAAGGAGAGGGAGAGAAUGAUAAUAAAACUCAUCAAGCAAAGUUAUCCAAAACGUAGCUCUCUCUAGAUCUCUAUCUCUCACUCACUCACUCACUCUCUCUCUCUCUCUCUCUCUCUCUCUCUCUCUAGACUACCUUUUUCUUCUAUCGACCGGUUACUAAACCAAAUGGGGUGCUGUAAUUAUCGUUGGUGAUGUUGAUUAAGGGGGUGUUUUAACCUCCGACGUUGUGUUGGUUUUGUUAUUUUUUCAUUAUUUCAAGGAAGGGAAAGGAAGCCACCAUGAUGGAUUAGCUUUUUGUUUUUCAGUCAAUUUUCUCAUAAACUGUUUGUAUUUUGGUUAUGAUUACAGAAAAUUUCUCAUGCAGACGUC